AUGGGCGAUAUUUCUCAUGAAACGUCAACAACACGCGCGAUCAAAUUUUGGAUUCUAUUAUUUUGUCAAAUUCCAUCAGUUCUUUGUUCAAUCUUCGUGUUGUACCAUAUGGUUCGUUCACGUGCAAAUCGACAAGUUUUGGCUAACCACGUUGUGAUUGCCAUGCUUGGUGUAGGCGUUCUGAUUGUUACGAUCGAUCUGUCUAUUGCUCUAAAAUUUCUGUAUCAAGGAACCGUGAAUCCUCGUUCAGAUGCCUUCUGUUACACAUGGGUGUACAUUAAUUAUAUUCUAUACGUAAAUGGAAUCUACCUAAUGGCAUGGGCGUCGAUUGAACGGCAUUUCCUUGUUUUUUCUCCCCAAUACUUUCGCACAUUUCGUCAACAGUUAAUCAGACAUUAUUUUCCCAUUCUUCUAUGUUUGGUUUAUCCUAUAGUCUUCUAUAUUUACACAAUUUCGUUUUAUCCUUGCGCACAAGUGUUCAAUUAUCAACGGUUAGUUUGUGGUUCACCAUGUUUUAAAAAAGCCUCAUUUAUAUUGAAUUUUUACGAUCAAGCAAUGCAUAGUUUAAUCCCAUGCAUAAUUAUCGUUUUAUUCACGGUAGCUUUGGUAGUUCGAGUCAUUCGACAUAAACGGCGUAUCCAAGGAUUGUUAUUUUCUUGGAAAAGACAACAGCGAAUGGUCCUACAGUUACUUUCUAUUGCUUGUUUAUAUAUUAUUUUCAAUGCACCGCCAUUCUUCGUUGCGGGAAUAAGAGCUACGGUAUCAAAAACAUUUGCUACUGUUGAAUAUGAAAUCUAUUUUCUAUAUUUAUUUUAUGUUCUAACAUUAUUUUUGCCGUUUGUCUGUUUGCCUUCGUUAGGUGGCGUACGAGCCAAACUUAAUGCAUUGGUCAAUACAAUUUUUCGUCAAUUGUGA